UUAAACGGAUCUGAGGAUAAAACUCUCUGAGAUGCUACGUUGACUUUUGUAUAACGGUUUCAGAAUGCGAUUUCAAAACAUACCUGUUUGUGUCCUUAUGCUCUUUUUGGUGAACAUCGGAAAAAAUGAAGGGUUGUUACAUGGGAAUUCUAUACAUUCAAAUAAUUCAAUUCACGACCACCUUGGAGAAAAUGUUGAUAUGACGGGAAUUAUGCAAAUGCUUUCAAACCUGACUGCUGAACUUGAAAAUCUGAAGACAGUAGAGAUGGAACAUCUGAAACAACAAAUAGAAAAAGACCAAUUAACCAUACAGUUGCUGCAAAAUCGGGUAUUUUCUCUAGAAACGGAACAGAACAAUCUAUCUAAAUUACUCUCCGCUCAGGAGUUUUCCACGUAUUUGAGUGGCAUGAACCAAUUAACACACAAUCUAGUCGACAACGAGGCGAGUGAUAGAAACCUUACACAGCAAUUAAGCAAAGCUCAAGAUGAUAUAAAACAAAACAAUGUAUCAACAACACGAUUACUUCGAAAUCAAAGUAUGGAGCUGGAAAUACUCAGACGUCAAUCGGGAAAAGAUAGAUCAAGAAUACAGCAACUAAAUGGCUCUUUGACUCAAGAGAUACGUGGUAUCAAGGAACAAAUUGCAAGUAAAAGUAACCACCAUGCGUUUACAGCGGGUAUAUCAUCAUAUAAUAAUGAUUGGACAGGAGACACCCUAGUGUUCCCCGUAGUAAUCUACAGUGACGGAACAGGCUACAACCCCAGUACUGGUAUCUUUACAGCGCCUACAGCGGGGUUAUAUGUGUUCUAUGUCUCUGUUCAGUCUUAUUAUCAAAAAUCCAUCUGGUUAGACAUAGUGUUGAAUGGAUCGAGUAAGGUCACGGCCAUGGCUUAUUACAUGUACGAAAGUGACAGUAGCAUUGCCAUUUACCAGACCGGAACCAACCUGGUCAUCUUACAUCUACGGACCGGUGACAGAGUGUGGGUCAAACGGUACCACGGUUCCGGUUACUACAGUAAAAGUAUUCCCAUAACAACGUUCUCUGGAUUUAAACUUUACUAGUUAAAAUGAUUUAAUUGAGAUCAAUCUCUAUUAUGAACAGAACUUGAAGGAAUAUUUUAAAAAAUGGUUCUUUUGUGCUGUGUUCAUACUUUUUUUCUGAUUUGACUGAUGUUUUCCGUCGAGAUUGAACCCACUUUUACAGCACAUAGUAUUACACAAUUGUUGAAGUUCAACUGAGAAUAUCUGAGUAUACAAUAUAGAUGAAUAAAAAAAAAUUGAAAAAAAUGAAUAAUUACUAGUAUAUAUUCUUUAAAGAAACUUUUUUUCUUCGAAAUGAAGUUGUGCGAUAAAGUUUUAUAAGAUGUUAUUCCUGUAAUGAUUAGGGUUUGAUAUGCUUCGAUUUUUUAAACAAACAUUAAAAUGCAUUUUAACAACCAAUUUGCAUUAAAAACAUGGAUAGUGGGGGAAAAUAAACAAUUGCAUGUGAAUAAAAUUAAGGUAUAAACGAAACUUCUAUAACGACCAUGUAGCUAUUUACAUUGUAGUGUA